UGGACACAGAUACACAUCAGCCUCUGGAGCUGGAGGGAGUACUGCCGAGGGCAACUGUGUGACAUGAGAACAGCAAACAGUGUGACUGAUCAUUAUGGGACUGAUCAUAAAACAGGACUCGUGUGAAUUCAUGACAGAAGAUGAAGCAGUUGUGCAGUGAUGAUGCGGGGUGACGCGUGCAACGUUAAUGUGGAGGAGCGGCUGAAACAAACUCAGAUGGAGCUGCAGUGGAUCCAAAGACAGCUGACCAUUAUUGCUGCUAGAAAUGUGCACAACCACCUGCACACCAAGGCCAAGUCAAGAUACAAUGUUUCAUCCCAUCAAGCUACAAGCAACUCGAAUCACAGCCUGAACAGAUUCCGACUGCUGGCGGAAAGAAAUCAAGCUCUGAACCUGGAAGUGGCCACCCUUCGCCAAGAGAAGCAGCAGUACAGAAAGCUGAAAACAAAGCUCCAUGCUGCCCUGCAGGAGAAAAAUCAUCUGAAUAUUGAGCUGAUUAACCGCCAACUGAAGCUAUCCAAGUAUGCACAGGUGCAGUCAGACUAUAAGCGGCUGAGGCAAACCUUUGCUGUUGUGAGCCAGGAGAGAGAGGUGGCCCAGCAGCAGAGGAGUCAGCUCCAAGACCAAGUGGAAAACCUGGAACGGGUUCUAAAGCAUAUGCAUGAGGUGGUUGAGCUGAAACAGCAGCUGCAAAUAGAGCAUGAUCAAACCUUGGUGGCACUUCAUAACAAGCAGAAGGAGAUCAGUCUAUUGCAAAGGGCUCGCCUUCAAGCUGACCACGAGCAUGAGGGAGCACUCCACCUGUUAGAGGUCAAGGUACAUGGCCUGGAGCAGAGAUGCCGGUUGCAGAGUGAACAUUUCCACCAGCUUUCCAAGGAGCUGUUGAGUUUCCAUUUGCAGUCAGAAUCUGUGAAUGCCCUUAAAAUUAAUCCCACCUUCAAGUCUUGCAUUUCUCAGCCUCCAAAAAAGAAACAAGGCAUCACUGGAUUGCUAACAGGACCAGACCCAGGCGAUGAGAGAUCUUCAAGUAAGCUACACGCGAUCUCUAAGUUCUUGCCCCGCGCGAAGCAGACUGGAGACAGAGCGAGACCAGAAGAGCUGUCUGUCAGAUCCAGCACCGUGACAACGGCGCGGCCCAGCAGUCCUCGACCUUUGACCCACUCAGAAAUGGAGGAUGAGACCAGCCCAUCACCCAGGUCCAAGCCUCGAUACACAGGCCAGGUCCGCCUUUGCACUGCUCGUUACAGCUACAAUCCGUAUGAUGGACCAAAUGAGCAUCCAGAAGCAGAGCUCCCCCUUGUGGCUGGAAAGUACCUUUAUGUGUAUGGAAACAUGGAUGAUGACGGGUUUUAUGAAGGGGAGCUUCUGGAUGGCCAGCGAGGACUUGUCCCUUCCAACUUUGUGGAGUUUGUCCAGGACAAAGAGAAACUAGCUCUUACUGCUGGAGAAGGAGGGGAUGACCUAGGCUCCCUAGACCAUGCACCUCUUAACCUUGUGGCAAUAGAUGGAGGUGGCUCCCAGGAUGGACUUCUGGUUUCAGCAAACACCUUGGUACCCUGUAGCAAUGGGACAGGCGGGUCCCUGGACCGUGAGGACCUGGCCGAAGACAUUGUGCCUUAUCCCCGAAAGAUCACUUUGAUCAAACAGCUGGCACGGAGUGUCAUUGUGGCCUGGGAACCUCCAGUAGUGCCUUUGGGCUGGGGCAACAUCUCUGGCUACAAUGUGUUGGUAGACAGGGAGCUCCGUGCCAGCAUGCCGUACAGCGGGAGGACCAAGUGUCUGCUGGAGAAGCUGGAUUUGGACGGCUGCGUGCAUCGCGUGUCGGUGCAGAGCGUUACCGACCACGGCGUGUCAGACGAGCUGCGCUGCACCUUGCUAGUGGGAGCCAAUGUGGUGGUGGCACCGUGCGGCCUGCGGGUCGAUGACAUCCAACGCGACACUGCUGAGCUCUCCUGGUUGCCUAGCAACAGUAACUAUGGUCACACUGUGUUCUUGGACGGGGUAGAGCAUGCAGCGGUAAAGCCAGGGAGGUACAGAUUACGCUUUGUUAACCUGAAACCCCUGACGGUGUACAAGGUGACGGUGGUGGCGCAGCCACACCAGGUGCCAUGGCAACUGCCACUGGAGCAGAGAGAGCGGAAAGAAGCUGGUGUGGAGUUCUGCACCCAGGCUGCAGGUCCAACACCUUAUUGCAGAGCAGGUCCUCCCCUGCCCCCCCAGGAUGUCCAGGUGCUCUGUGGUCAAGCUCCGGGGGUCCUUCAGGUGCGCUGGAAGCCUCCUAUCAUGUCCCCCACAGGCACCUCCAAUGGAGCCAACGUGAUUGGAUACGCAGUCUGCACCAAAGGACAGAAGAUAGCGGAGGUCUUGUACCCAAUGGCAGACUAUGUUACCGUAGAGCUGACCAGGAUUCAGUGCCUGGAGGCCAGGGAAGUCAUUGUCAGGACACUUUCGGUACAAGGCGAAUCCCAGGACUCACAAGUUGCCACCAUUCCAAACAACCUGCUAGUGCCUCUACCUCCUCUUGCGCUGCCUCCACCAAUGCACCCCCACGCAGGUGCCCCUCCACACCCCCAUGCUCAACCCCACAUACAGUCCCCUCACCUCCCGCAUCCCCAGCCCCAGCUACCCCUACCACCCCAGCCACAUGGACAGUCGCUAACACUCCACCCCCCACACCCACAACCCCAUCCUCGGCUACCACAUAUAGGUGGACUGCCACCACCCCAGCUCCGACCCCCGCACCCUCAGCCACAGCCCCUGCACCUUCAGCCUCACCCGUCCCACCAAGGUCCCAUGCCCCAGCACCAGCACCAGCUGCCGCUGCUGCCACACUCCCAACCCCACCCUGUACCUCAAAGACCAGUAAGUGCCAGAGACCUGGAUGCCAAAGAGCAGGCAGCCCACCACGGAGUAGCAAUUCCACCUAGCCAGCCUGGCUGGGACCUCACACGCUCUCCGUCUGCCCAACCUCCUUUGCCCAUGCAAGGACACACCCUAGAGGCUCCGCCCCCUGCCAAUCCCCGCUCCCUGUCCCCCCAGAGGAUCCUUCCGCAGCCUAGAGGCACACUUAUCCCGGAUACUGUGGCCAAAGCCAUCGCCCGAGAAGCAGCUCAAAGGGUGGCAGCAGAGAGUGGCAAGGGCGAAAGGAGACAGGCCAGGUAUGGCGAUCCGGGUCAGCCGUUCCACCAGCAUCACUCUGAUGAAGAAGAGGAGCACGACGAAGGGUUUACACGCAGCCGUCGAAGAGGACCCUCUGUGGACGAGUUCCUCAGAGGCUCCGAGUUGGGACGGCCGCCUCACUAUAGUCACAAUGAAGAUUAUCACAGCGAAAGCAGCCGGGGCUCUGACCUGUCUGACAUCAUGGAGGAGGAUGAGGAGGAGCUGUACUCUGAAAUGCAGCUGGAAGAGGGACGUCGGCGCAACUCGCACAACACUCCCAAGACAAACACUCCUGCUGGAGGCCGACAUGAUCGAGAGACGGGGAGAAGAAUUCACCACGGCGGUCCGCACCCCCAGAGACGACCCCUCGUGGUCCCUUCUAUUGAGGUAACCACUGAGAAUAACAUUGAGGGAAACCUCUCCCCCAUCCACGAGGAUGUUUACUAUGCCAGAGUAGCUCAACACAGGACGCAGUCAUCCCGUAGACACGUGGGUCGCACCAGGUCUCCCCAUGAUGGAUACUGGGACCGGGAUCGUCGCUCACCCACAUACUAUGAUGAGUCUGAGUCUGAGGAGUCAUUCCGCAUCUUCGUGGCCCUCUUCGACUAUGAUCCUCUCUCCAUGUCACCCAACCCAGACGCAGCAGACGAGGAGCUGCCCUUCAAAGAGGGACAGAUCAUUAGGGUGUAUGGAGAUAAAGAUACAGACGGUUUUUACAGAGGACAAGUGAGGGGUAGGAUGGGGCUGAUCCCUUGUAACAUGGUGUCAGAGAUCCGGGCGGAAGAUGAUGAAACCAUGGACCAGCUCAUCAAACAGGGCUUUUUACCACUCAGCACCCCUGUGGACAAAAUAGAGCAGAACAGGCGAGGCCUCCGUCGAGACCAGGCUUCGAGGAGGAUGGUGGCUCUGUACGACUACGAUCCACGAGAGAGCUCCCCGAACGUUGAUGUGGAGGCUGAGCUGACCUUCUGUGCUGGUGACAUCAUUGCAGUGUUUGGAGAUAUCGAUGAAGAUGGAUUCUAUUAUGGUGAGAUGAACGGCCACCGCGGUCUGGUUCCCUCAAACUUCCUGGAAGAAGUGCCUGAUGACGUGGAGGUGUAUCUGACGGACACUCCGUCCCACUACCCCCAGGAAGAGUCCGCCAGCCGGCCCCCUGCCAACCCUGCUGCCGGUGUCUCAGAGGGCAAACGGGUUGCCACAGAAACCACAAACACAGUUGACUGCAGUGACGCCACACCUGUCCGAGCACCAUCUCCAUUUGUGCGGCCCCUCCUGCCGGGUACCAUGAGGCCCCUCAGCCCUACAAGGGGCCCCCAUGCUCUGAUGGACCCCAGGGACCCCCAGGAUCUGGCUAACAAGAAGAAGAAAGGACUACUUUCCAAAGGGAAGAAGCUGCUGAAGAGACUCUCCCCUGUGAAAUAGAUGUGUACAUGUACAACACGUGCACAUGCUGGACUCUGUAUAUUGCAUCCAUACAAUCAACUCUGACCCAACAACAUAUGACAGAGAGGAAGAUAGCGCCACCUUCAGGACUGAGCCUAUAUAAAAUGAACACUAGCCAUUAUGUGGUGGAUACAAUUGUACAGUACAGUGCCAAAAUGAAGAGAGACGUCAUCUGACACAAAUAUAUAUUACUGUGAUGUAUUUUAAUUAAAAGGAUAAAUUUAAAA